UAGGCGGGAUGGAUGGUGGAGGGGCCGGCCCUGGGGGAGGGGGUGAAAGACACUCGGGUGUGCGGACUGCGUGGGGAGGAUGGUUAGUGGGUGCGGGGGAGCCGCGGGUGGGUUUAAAGGGGUGAAUAUUAAUAUAUCUCCCCUGUGACUCAUGAGUGAUAUUUCAGGGAAUCUACCCCCUAAAGUAACCAUCCAGAAGGAGAAAAGGCUCUAUGCAUAAAGAUCUGUCUAAAGCGUUAUUUAUAAUGGGCUAAAGUUGGCUACCAACGGGUGUCUCAGCGGUAAGCAAAGUGAUGCAACUUCACUGAGUGAAUAUUAAGGGGCCUGUAAAAAUAAUUCAUCCCCCCAAAAUGCAUACAUCCUUUGAAUAAAGACAGAAUACAUUUCAUUUUCAAAGUGUAAUAGAAUCUACAACUCUCAGCUGUUAAAGUGUGUAUACAUUUUGGGGACACCCUGUAUAUAUGAUAAUUUUUUAGCAAUUAGUUUUCCAAACUGAACGCUUCCGUUUUUACUUUAUUUUAUUUUAUUACUGGGGUUCAACAAUACAUUAAAUAUCUAUUGAUCUUUGGAAAAAAAUAAUUCACAAAACCCUUAAAUAAUAUGGGGAGAUGCUAAUAUACAAUGUUAAGUGAAAAAACAAAAACAAAACCUAAACGCAAUACAAAAUUGCACGGUACGGCUGUAAAAGUUGAACCACACGGCAUGGAAAAGUCUGGAGAUAACCUUUAUCAGAAAGGAUGGAGUUGGGAAAAGGAAAACUCUUCAGGAGCGGGCUGAAUGCCUUGUAUCAAGCAAUCCACCCAGUUCACGGCCUUACCUGGACCGAUGGGAAGCAGGUCAUCCUGACCGAUGUACGGCUUCAGAGCGGAGAGGUCAAGUUCGGGGACUCGAAGGUCAUUGGGCAGUUUGAGCACGUGCACGGGGUGUCGUGGGCCCCACCUGGCGCGGCUGACACGCCCCCUCUGCUCGCUGUCCAGCAUAGGCUGCAUGUCACCGUGUGGCAGCUGUGUCCCAGAACCGUGGAAACCAGCAAGCCGUCGAUGUCUCGGGCCUGUGAGAUCAGAGAAUCACACGCCGUCCUUCCCCAAGGCUGCGUGUGGCACCCAGAGAGUGCGGUUCUCACCGUGCUGACCGCACAGCAUGUCUCCGUCCAUGACCUUCGCUGUCACAGUUCCCGAGAGAGAGUGGACAGCAGCGCCCAGGGCCUCAUUCACUGUGCGUGCUGGGCCCGGGAUGGCCGGAGGCUGGUGGUGGCGGUGGGCAGCAGCCUGCACUCUUACAUCUGGGACGGUGCUCAGAAGGCUCUUCAGAGGUGCUCCUCCUGCCCUGUGUUUGACGUGCCCAGCGCCGUGCGCGCCAUCGGGGCCACGGUGGGCUCCCAGGUCCUCAUAGCCACUGAACUCCCAAUAGGGAAGAUUUGUAGCUUAAAAGCAUCUGAAACAGUCGGCAGUCCACCUGGCAGUGAAGACACUUGUCUGUAUACCUCGCCGGUUAUUGGUGAGACGCCCUCUGUGGAUAAAGGGACAAAUUCCGACACAGCAGUUUCUCCCUUUUCUUCUCGCGGUUCAGAUCCUCUGGAUCUCACUCAUAUACGUUUCAAUAGAUCCGAGUCUGAGAGCAGUGCCCUUAUUUGUCUGAGAAAAAAGGAUUGCUUGGCAGGAACCGAUCUGGAUUCUUCACAUUUGAUUCUUGUGACCUUCGAGAAAGAGGUUACCCAGACCAAAAAAGUCACCAUUCCGGGCAUUCUGGUUCCCGAUCUAAUAGCAUUUAAUCCGGAAGCGAAGGUUGUGGCAGUGGCUUCCAAUACUUGUAAUAUAAUUUUUAUCUAUUCUGUCGUGCCAUCGCUUAUGCCAAACAUCCAGCAAAUUCAGUUAGAGAGUGGUGAGAGACCGAAAGGCUUAUGUUUCUUGACAGAUAAAUUACUAUUAAUCUUGGUAGGAAAACAAAAAUCCACUGAUUCGACGUUUCUUCCUUCUUCAAAGUCCGAUGAGUAUAUCAUUCGCUUGGUUAUUAGAGAAGUCAGGUUGAAAGAGGAGUUUCCAGUAACGGUGAGUGAAGACCAGAGUGGCUGCCCCGCUUCCAGCACUCUGUUAAAUAAAGCAGGGAGGAAAAAGCUAAUGGAAAGUCUUUCGCCAGAUGUUUGUCACCUAAACAGAGGACUCGCCUUAACAGCUACUAGCAGUCGUCAAAGUGGAAAGCCUGGAAUUACUCUUAUUAAAGAACUCAAAAGUCCUCCGUCCACUGUCUGUGAUGACCCCAUCGCCCUGGAGACUCCAGAUGCUGAGCCUGUUAAUGGGUCAGCGACACUGCCCAAACCCAGCAGCACACCAGACUACACCGGCACCCCGGACCCUCUCAGUUUCCCUCCAGGAAAGAACUUACAACGGGAAAAGGAAACUCGCCAGCUCUCUAAGGGACUGGAAACAUUAUCUAGGAAAGUGAUUGAAGUACAGCGCUGUCUCUCUGAACUCACAGACUUCCUGCAGAAUGGAGAGAAGUCCUCUCCGGUGUAUCCACUCUCUCAGGAUCUGCCUUAUGUCCACAUCUCUUACCAGAAACAUUCUGUAGAAUCCGUUGAAAAAAGAGACGUGCUUCUCUGCAAUGGCAAACUCAGGCUCAGUGCAGUGCAGCAGGCUUUCGGCCUCGCCCUUAUUGAAAUGCUGCAUGAUGAGACCACUGCAAACAACACCUGUUUUCCACUGUGGACUGCCCCGCUCGCUGUCAGAGGCGAAGCGCUUGCCUGGUUGGCUCGGCCACUCCUCCGUCUUCCCCGGGAACGAGGCUCCCACUCAGAGCGCGGUCUUUGUUAGAUGUGAGAUGGCUCAGAAAGCGCUUGCUUGUGUAUUCAUGAGGUGUGGUUUUGUCUGACAUCGGAAUUCCCAGAACAAGACAAUGUAAUGGUGCCCCAUGGAUUGUGUUUUAUGGUUUCUCUGAGGCUUUCUGUCCCGGCCCAGAGCUGUGUUAAAGCUGUCUCGGAAGCCCUUAAAAGCUACCUCGACAUGUGAUGGAUCUUUCUCGUGGCUUAAAGAGGAGGGUAAGGAGGGCAUAUCCUCCGGCAUAUUCUUCUUCGCCCAAACCAGCAGAAAUCGACAGAGUUCAAAGGAAGAUAAAAAGCCAC